AUGGCACUCCCCGCCCUCGACGACUCCCCCACCCUCCCCCACCCAGGCCUCCCCUGCGGCCUCGAGCACCCCCCCCACCUCGCCUUCCUCCCAGCCCUGGCUUACCCUACUAAACUGGCACAAUCCCUCGAGGACAGUCCGUCGCGCUCCGCGUCGCCACUUUCUGCCGAGUACCUCCUCAGCACCAUGGCAGUAAAGGAUGCUUUUCCCAGCCUCGUGUUGGAGGCCAUCGACGGCGGCUCUGUCGAUGCUGGCACACGAGCAAGAGCAGCGCGCAAGGGCAAGUUGCCAGAGUCUACUCUACACACCAGAACCAUUGGCUGA